UUUUCCAAAUAUCAGCUGUUAACAUUAUUCUGGUGAAUUAUUUUGAACACUACGACUUUAUUACUCUUUGUCUCUACCAUUUUGGCGAUCACCGCGUACCGUGCACUGUGCAGUUUAUCAUCAUCACUAGCUAGCAGUGUUUAUUAAAAUUUUCUCUUUGUUUUUUAAAAAUUGCAAAGUUUAAACAGAAGAUACUACGCGACAGACGUAUUACAUAGUUAAAAAUGUGGAUUGUUAUUCAUUUCUUGAAUGAAGAUUCUGUUGAAUCUGUGCCUGAAACAUGGUAUAAUAGAAAAACUAAAACAUGUGCAUGGCCUAUUUCAAAAAAUAGUGCAAAAAAAUUAAUUGAAAAAAGAAGUUAUCCAAAUAAGUUGGAAUAUAAUUGGUUACCAGCAAGGAUAUUAGGACGUAAAUAUGGAAGCUUAGAAGAAGCUCGUUCUAAAGCCAAUAAGGCUCUAAUUCUUUCAGAUUUAUCUGCAAACGAUGAAUAUAUAUGUAAAAAAGUCACAAAAAAAACAUUUGAAAACAAACAGAUAGAAAGUCCUCCAACUUUAAAAUCUAAGAAAAGAAAAAUUGAUGAAUUUAUUGAAGAAGAUGAAAAUUCUAUAGAUAUGUAUGACUCUGAUAAUGAUCCUGAAUAUCAUUUACCUGGGGUUUCAAAUGAUUAUCCAAGUCCAAAGAGGAGUCCAAUAAUCAGAAAUUAUAACAACGUUCCCUCAAGUCCAAAUAUUUUCAAUUCUCCUGUUGGAAAGUUUUUGGUUGAGGAUGAUCAUGAUUCUCCUAAUAUAAUUAAUAAUUUGAUGACUUCUCCAUCUCCAAAACAAAACAAGUCAACAAUAUUUAUGUCACAACCAAAUAAACUGACUCCAGAUACCGUAGUGUUAAAGACAUUAAAGACAAAUAAUGUUAAAAAAAAAUUAUUUUUCUCACAACCAUCAAAUUUAUCAGAAGGUAUACAUGCUCAACAAAUUAAAAACAAUGUUAAUAAUAAUUCUUCUACAGAAAACAAUGAAAUACAAAAUGGCGAUUUUCAAAACCUUGUCCUGACUUUAUUAAGUAAAAUAAAGUAUGAAAUAUCUAAUUUGAGCUCAACAUUAAACAUUCAACAAACUACCAUUAAUGCAUUUGAUACUUUUUUAAAAAAUACUGGACAAACCAUUGUUUCCCAAAUUUCAAACCAAAAUUCUUCCAUAACAAUUGAUGAUAUAUUCCCAAUAAAAACCGAAGAGGAACUAGAAAUAUUUGAAGAAAGAAUUAAAAGCGAUAAAAUAUUUCGAAAUACUGCGACAUCAAAACUCUCGGUGCUGAUUGGCAUCAAAGAUAUUGGUGAUAGCACAAGGCGUUUGAUGUCCAAAAUGUUUGUAGAUGAAGUGCUUUGCCAUUAUUCACUAUUAGGAUUCAAGAAAAAAAAGAACUUUUCACAACUAUCUACUUACCGUUUAUUAAUUGACACCAUACGACUUAAUCCUAAGUUCCAAAAUAAAUUGGAUAAAGAAAUUGAUGUGCCAUUGGCUACUUGGUUAUCGCAUGCUAAGUUUCGUCUUCAGUCUUCGUAAUACAUAUAUUAUACUAUAUCAACAUAAAGACAUGAUAAUAAUAUUAUCAUAAAGUAUUGAAUAUACCUAUCUACCCAU